AUCUGGCCUCGUAAAUCGUGAGUAGUGGGGGAAGCUGCCGCUCGCACGUCGCACGGUUUCUAUUUUGCGUUUCUCGACUAAUUUCAGUUAUUUUUCCGCGCUGAGAGAGUUUACGUCUCGUUCGCGCCAGUCUUUUGUAACAAGGAUUUUUUAUGGACUAAAUAGUGAUAGUGAAAGGUUACAAUCAGAAUUUUGACGUGAAGGACUGUUGACAAAUGAAUUCAAAGUACUGACACGGGACAAAUUGGAUUAUUCUCAUUGUGUGAGAAUUAAGAGUGACUAAAAGGCUGUGAUUUUGGAAUUGUGUACAUUAAUUAACUAACCCAACGAAAAUAUCUUAAAAAUUUUGACAUUUCAACAGUGUGAAAGUAGACCCGAGUGAAAUUUCCCGUUUUAAUGCAAAGGUCAUUUUGAUAGGAACGUUUGUAUGAUUGUGAACGACUUUUGGUUUCGGCCGCUUAAUAAUCGAGCGAAGCGCCAUCUCUGCUGAUGGUUUGUUUCGUUUGAAGUUCGUGAGGAUUCCGAAAUACUCGCAAAAAUGCUCGCGUACUUACGUGUCGUACUUUCGCCUGUGAAGUUGAUAAGUUGAAUCAUUCGUGUAAUAAACAAUAGCAUAACGUUAAAUAUCUGGGGUUAAGCCCGACUUACUUUAUUGAUCUUGUGGCAGUGUGUUUGUGAGUGUUUUUCCAUGUCCGACACUUGAGUGGAGUUCGAGCUGAUUCCUUCAUGUUUCUGGUGGUGGGUUGACCAUGGCGACUGUGGAAAUGAGUGUCCCGGAUAAGAAACCUGAGCACGAAUCAGGGUAUUACGAAGGUAGCGAUCAGGAGGGCAGUAUGGAGUGUGGAUGCCCUUCACCAGUAAGUUCGCGGAAUUCGAGUCAUUCUACCAAGCUGAAGAGGCGACUCAGUGCUCAUAAGCACAAGAAGCAACCACCGAAAAAGCAAAGGACCGACCAGCCUGUAAACGGGCACUGCAGUAUUAACAAUGUGGACAAGAGUGUUGAAAUCGUGGAGUGUAGUGUGUCCAGUGCAUUGAAGGACAAAGUUGAGGAUGUACAGCCUCAACCAGGCCCGAGCAACAGGAGUAGUUCGGUGGAACUCAUUGGAGGCACUGUACCACCACCUGCUAGGGAUUCUAUAGAUUGGAACCUUGUGGACGCCAGUAAAAUUAGGAAAAGAAAUAAAGUUAACCUAAACGGGCCAUCAAAAGUGGACAUAUCACAUUUCGACCUGCUCAAAGUGCUGGGUACCGGAGCUUACGGCAAGGUGUUUCUAGUUAGGAAAAGAUGCGGGGUGGACGAGGGCAAGCUUUACGCCAUGAAGGUUCUCAAAAAAGCUUCCAUAGUUCAGAAAUUGAAGACUGCAGAACACACGCGGACGGAAAGACAGGUCCUGGAAGCAGUACGGGCAUGUCCUUUUCUGGUCACACUACACUAUGCCUUCCAGACUGAUGCUAAGCUACAUCUCAUACUUGAUUACGUAGCGGGCGGUGAACUAUUCACUCAUUUGUACCAACGUGAGCAUUUCCACGAAAAUGAAGUUCGGAUAUACAUCGCCGAGAUCAUUCUAGCUCUUGAACAGCUUCACAAGCUGGGCAUAAUCUAUCGAGACAUCAAACUGGAGAAUAUUCUCCUGGACGGAGAAGGCCAUAUCGUGCUUACGGACUUUGGUCUCUCCAAGGAGUUCUGCGGUGGCGAAUCUCGGGCUUACAGCUUUUGUGGAACCAUUGAAUAUAUGGCGCCAGAAGUCGUCAGGAGUGGAAGCCAGGGACAUGAUAUUGCUGUGGACUGGUGGUCAGUCGGGGUGCUAACCUACGAGCUUCUCACGGGAGCCUCUCCGUUCACAGUUGAAGGCGAGAAGAAUACACAACAAGAGAUUACAAAACGUAUUGUUAGGUGCAGCUAUCCCGUACCUACGGAUGUCAGCCCUGAGGUCCAGGACUUUAUUAAAAAGCUGCUUGUAAAGGAUCCCCGCAAGCGUCUUGGUGGUGGAAUGAGUGACGCGGAAGAAUUGAAAAGGCAUCCCUUUUUCCAGAAUCUGGACUGGGAAGGUGUAGCUCGUCGCGAAAUUGCCGCCCCGUUCGUGCCCGCCCUGUCUCACGCGGAGGACACGUGCAACUUCGCCGACGAAUUCACUCGCAUGCCGCCCACUGACUCGCCAGCACAGGCGCCGAAGCACAGCGACAAACUGUUUAUUGGUUACUCCUACGUAGCACCAAGCAUCCUAUUCUCCGAGAAUAUUAUAUCCGACCAGAUAUGGACUCAGGUGACAGGCACGAGAAACGACAAGCUGAAAGGCUGGGUAGCGAAGGACUCGCCCUUUUUCCAACAGUACGCUGUGGAUCUGAGUACACCCGUGUUAGGAGAUGGGUCGUAUUCAGUAUGUCGGAAGUGUAUCCAUCGGCAAAGUGGAAAGGAGUAUGCUGUUAAAAUAAUCUCAUCGCAAAAGAAAGACAUCAAGCAAGAGAUAGAGCUGCUGAAAGCCUGUCAGGGAUGCCCCUUUAUUAUUACACUGCAUGAAGUUUUUUAUGAUACGGCAUUCACCUAUAUAGUAACCGAAUUAUGCGUCGGGGGCGAGCUGUCGUCGCACAUUGCGAACGGAGUCUCCGAACGAGUGGCGCGGCGGCUGUUGGUCCAGCUCGCCAUCGCCGUCAACCACAUGGCGGCUAGGAGGAUCGUGCACCGCGAUCUCAAACCAGAGAAUAUCCUGGUGACGUCGUGCCGGCUGGGCGAGGCCACGAUCCGCGUGGCGGACUUCGGCUUCGCGCGGCGCCUGCCCGACCACGACUCGCGCCCGCGCAUGAUGACGCCCUGCUUCAGCCUGCCGUACGCGGCACCUGAAGUGGUGUCCCGCGCGCGUUCAGCCAACGCGCCACCGUACGGACCCAGUGUCGACCUGUGGAGCCUCGGUGUCAUCUUUUACUGCAUGGUGUGCGGGCGCGCGCCGUUCGCGCCGCUGUCGCGCAAGGAGCCCGUUACGGCUUUCAUGGAUCGCAUUCGCACCGGUGCCUUCACCAUGGACGGUCCGGCAUGGGACAAUAUCUCCUCUGACAGCAAGCGUAUCAUUGCGGGUCUACUUUCAGUGGACGCGUCUCGUCGCCUCACCGCGCAGUCUCUCUUAACUGAACUCGGACAUACGAGCCAAGAUAACAGCUUUAAGCUCGCCGACAUGACGAAAGCUGACCUCUACAAGCGACGAAGCAAGAACAAGCAGCGCAAACCGAGCACAUCAGAGGCUGGUACAUCCUACGACCCUCCUACAGAGUCAGAGGAACAAACCUCCUUGAUCGAGACCAUAAAAAACCUCAAAAGUCGCAUGAACAACUCCAUAGAGCACGAUGUAGCUCUUAUCCGAGCCAACACUCACGAUACUCCAGGAAGCGAAAUCAACGAGCCUAAAUUUACCGACGAUGACGACAUACCGCCUGUCAAACCAGUCGAGAAAACUUAUGCCAAAUCCAGGUCUAAAUUAGAUGAUUACAUCUACAUUGAAAGCAGUCAAGGGCUGGACGAAACUGAAGUUGCAUUUCCCCAAACCAGUCGUGGUAAGAAAAGCGAAGAGUCCCCAGUACCAAGAAAGCGAAGAAAGAUUGAUAAAACUCAAAAGGAGGAGGAUGUCCAAGUUAACGGGGAAAGGGAGUUACGUAGUCGACAGAAAGGGAAGACUGCAAAGGCUAAAACUUCAAAUACUAAACAGAAACGUAGUCCCCCAAAGAUUAGGCAAAAGAAAACAGCUACUAAGGAAUCCAGACCUACUAAAGAAUCCAUCGAGAACGAAAAGACAGUCGUUACUAGAGCUACUAGAAAACGAAAGUAUGAAGAGACAACUAAACCAGUCUUGAGAGAGAAAGGUCAAAAUCUUUCCAAAAAUACGGAGAGGCCCGAACUUGGAACUAGAAAAAUUGCCAAAUCAAAGAAGGCUAAAGCUAAAAAGCUAUCGCCUACCAAAACUGAUGCUGAAAUGCGAAUGACACGUUCAAGGAAACGCAGAUUGGCCAUCAGCCUAUCUCCGUCCGAAGUUAAGAACGUAAUUCCAGCUUUCUCAUUCGAGUCAGAUCGCAGAGUGAAUUCAAUUGAAAGUAAUCGUUCUAACAAAUCCGUUAAAGGUAAAGGCAAAAAGGUAACUAGAGGUAAAAAACCAGCAGUACGCGCUACACGUACUCGAGCUGCGCGUAGAUGAAUAACGACCGAAUAGACAAAUUAAAUAGACUGUUUAAUAGCUAUAUGGGGGUACUAUUAGCUGACAGUACCAGAAGGUAUUGUUUCUAAAUUUGAUAGGACGGACACCCUGUAUAACCUCAAAUUCCAAAUGAGACAUAAUAGUGAUGCAUUAAAAGGACACUUUGCUCAUUAGUAUAGCAAAGAAAUAAAUAUUUAUUCAAAUAAGUUAUUUCAUAAGUUGGACAUGUUGUAAAUUGACACGUCACUUGUGAUACGGAUACGGAUCGAAUACGAUUACGGAGCGUGUGAUACGGAUGGAUUAGGGCAUUUAAAAUGUAUACGUUAAGUGAUAUCAACUUACAUGUCCAACUUUAUAGGCUUCAAGAACUUAUCGAAAAAAAAAAUUUACGGUAGUACUGUUUUUAUUUUUUA